AAUUAAUCUCUGCGCAUCUUUUAUCAUCUAAGAUAACUACCACUUAGCAAGUUUACAUCGUACCAUCUGCAAUAAGACUGACCUUUCACACCGAUCACAAAAGUGGAAUCACUUUCAUCAAAAGGCAGCUCGAGAGACGCCAUCUUGAAAUAUGAAUUUGUCGUUUACUUUGUUUUGCGUAUCGGUAUUUGUGGGACUUGCUACUGGAACAAGAACGGUUGUUCUUGAACCAGUAAAAAGUGAACCAGGAUUGGAAAAUGUAGCGUUGAUUUUGGUGCCUGGUGCAUUUCUCAAAGGAGAACAAUAUGAAGCUCUUGGAAGGAGAAUCCAGGCUAUGUCUCCUCAUCGACUCUGGGUGGGUUUAACCACUGACUAUUGGUUUGAUUUCCCAUCUCCACUUCAAAUAGAUGGCGCUGUAAAUGACGCCUUGAAGGAAAUGAAAGGGAAAGGACUCCCAGAGGGGGCAGCAUUAUAUCUUGGAGGGCAUAGUGCAGGAGGUGGAAAUGUUGAAAGUUUUGCAGGGGAAAACACUAAAAUGCUAUCUGGGAUUAUGUUCUUUGGCUCCUAUAUGAAAGGGUCAGAUUUGGUAUCUUACCCUCUACCAGUUUUGACUUUGACUGGAGAUCUUGAUGGUAUGGCAAGGGUCACUAAAAUUGCCCAAGAGUUUAGGAAACUAGAGAAAGCCGUCGAUAAUAACAAGGACGGAGCUCUCGAAUUGAAAUACCCAGUUGUAACUAUGGAUGGCGUGAACCAUGGUCAAUAUGCAACAGGCGAAAUGCCACCUGCCGUGAAGGAAUACGACAUCCCUGCAAGAGUGGAUGGGUCAAUUGCUCAAACCAAAAUGGCUAAUGCGAUAGUUCAAUUUAUGGUGCACACAUUACAAAAACCAACGAAUCUUAUCAAAAAUGCCGCAACAUGGUUGCAAGCAAGAUAUCAGGACAACGAAAAGAGAAUGCAGCCGAUUAUUGAAGCAUUAGAGAUUGAAAACAAUCCAUCGAAUGGAGAGUUAUCACCAUGGGCAGAGAAGGUACAGUACCUUUUAUCUGGAUUAGAGAAGGGAGAUUGGAACAAACUAAAGGUCAAUAGAGCUGUUGAUGAUAACGGUAUUGAAUUCCGAUUCGCGAAGGCAACCAUCUCCAGCACUAAGGAUCAGAGUUCUGUGAAUGUUGUAGCAAAACGGGAUAUGCCAUUUGGGUAUGAAGCGAGUGGACUGUACAAUCAGACUGCUGACGUAAUACAAUUAAAAAUGAUAACUGCAGAAGAAAUAAGAAAGUCAUUGGCAAUGCAACCAGAUCAAACAUUAGAUGUCAGUUGUAAGAAGGUCAACAAGGCAUCCUUGGAAUGGGUGUGGUCAAGGGUAUCAUCUAGUGGAAAACAGAGGUUCGAAGAUACAAACCGCACAAUUGUAUUUCUCGAUGACAAUGUUGUUAGUGAUUAUGAAGAGCAAGGUCUAGACUUUUCCAAAAGAGAAAAAUCAAUUGUCAUCCGAUCGAGCAACUAUGUUGUUGGUAAACAACGAGAAUGCAACCUGUUAUCGCCAGCUAGACUUCUGGAAUUUAUACUGAUAGAUAGCUUAAAAUAGGUAGACAUGUUACCAUGGUAAUAUGGCAGUGAUUAAAUAAUUUUAUGAUACACAGCAA